AAGUAUGAGCGCCUGAUUUAAAUGGGUUUACUUUAUUAUUUAAUUUAUUUUCUGUCGGCCAAAGUCUGGCUCGCCCGUCUGGAAGCCUUUUAAAGGCGACGCGUCGCUGUCUGCCGCUGCAGAGCAGAUCAGAUGGGAAGAACAUUUUCAAAAAAUGGUUCAGAAACUUCAGGGCCUGGACGAAGUGGCAGGACCCGCCGCCGUCAGCUCGGCCUCGGACUGGACCUGUGAGGGCUGCACUGUCAACUAACACGAUGCAGUCUUUGCCCAUGGAAGUGGGAAGCAGCAGCAGCUCAGCCCCCAGCGACACAUCUGGCUCGGUGGUGCAGGUGUGCUUCCCCAGCGCUCAGGCCUCGGUGCUGGACGGUCUGAACCGGCAGAGGAAAGACGACAGGCUGUGUGACCUCUCCAUCCACGUCCAGGGACAUGUGUUCAAAGCCCACCGCUGCGUCCUGGCCGCCUCCUCGCCCUACUUCCACGACCAGGUACUGCUGAAGAACAUGUCCACAGUGUCCAUCCCAGCAGUAAUGGACCCGCUGGCGUUUGAGAGCGUGCUCAGCUGCGCCUACACCGGUCAGCUCCGGAUGCUGCGCGAGGACAUCGUAAACUACCUCACGGUGGGCAGCGUCCUGCAGAUGUGGCACAUCGUGGACAAAUGCACCGAGCUGCUGAAGGAGGGCCGGGCGGGAGGAGGGAGCAGUGGAGGAGGCGUCCUGCAGGACGGAGCCGCUGUUGGAGGAGGAGGAGGAGGAGGGUCAGCUAACCUCGGGUGCAGCAGCAGCAAUAGUGAUGGUGGUGCAGGCGGUACUAACGGAGCUGGUAGUGAUGGAGGUGGUGGUCAAGCCCAGGUCGCGGGGUCCAUCGAGGCCCAGCGCGCCUCCCAGCCGCCGAGCCGUCCGCCAGUGAGCGAGAGUCAGUCUCCCAGCAGCACCAACUACUUCAGUCCCAGGGAUGGGAGCAGCUUUGGAGGAAGCGGUGCAGCCGCAGCCGGGGCUUCAGUGGACGGAGGCGGGGCAAGCAACACCCCCAGCUACUGCACCCCAUCGGGAGGAGAGGAAGCCUUUCUUAAUGAGGAGGAGGAGGAAGUAGAGGAGGAGGAGGAGGAGGAGGAGGAGGAAGUGUUGUACCACCAGAGGAAGAGAGGAAGAGGAGGAGGCAGCGGGAGGAGGAAGAAAAUGAGCUCAGUGAUGGAGCAGGAAGUUGGGGUCAGCGACAGCUUUGGUGUGUCUUCCUAUCAGGAUGGGGAUGACUCAGCGUUGCCGCCGCAGAAGCGUCCCACCUACAGCCAGCCCAGCAUCAUGCCUCGCAAACAGUGGGUGGUCGUGAAAACCGAACGCAUGGAGGACGACGACCUCAUCGUGGUUUCCGGGGAGGAGGGAGGAGAAGACGAGGAGGACGAGGACGAGAGGGAGGUGGAGCUGGCCAGAGACAGGGAGAGAAGUGACUUCAACAUAUCCAAUGUGAGGAGCCUUUCAGCAGAGCUGGGGAGCAGAGCUGAGAACGACAUGGACUCACAGGUGGACUACUGCCAGUCUUCAGAAGACUACCUCAAGUUUGAAGGCAGUUUAAUGGACCAGACUUUAGCUCAGCACCUUCACGAGAGUGCAGCAGGUCAGAGCCAGAGCGCUAACCGUGCUGUUUCAGCGCUGCUGGGCCAGGUUCAGUCUGCCGCCACGGCCCGGGCUCAGCUCUUCCCCCUGGACAUGCAGGGGAACCAGAUCCUCCUUUACAGCCAGGCCUCUGGACUCUCUCUAGACGCUGCUGCCCCUCCCCUGGGAAUGGCAGGUGGCAUGAUUGGAGGAGCCUCCUUCAAAGGUCCCAGUCUGGAGCACGGUGCAGUCCACCUGUCGGUGCAGGGCGGUUUAGGGGUCGAUGGCUUGGACAGUGGGGGGAUUGGAGGUGGAGGUGGGGGUAGUAACAGCAACAGCGGGGGUUCAGGGAAAGUGUUUAUGUGCCACUGUGGUAAGACCUUCACCCACAAGAGCAUGAGGGACCGCCACAUUAACAUGCACCUGGACCUGAGGCCCUUCCACUGCCCCGUCUGUGCCAAGAAGUUCAAGAUGAAGCAUCACCUGACGGAGCACAUGAAGACGCACACGGGCCUCAAGCCGUACGACUGCCUCGGCUGCGGAAAGAAGUUCAUGUGGCGCGACAGCUUCAUGAGGCAUCGUUCGCACUGCGAGAGGCGCAGCGGGUUGGGAGAGAGCGGCGAAGGUGGGAGUGGCGGCGAGGGAGCAAGAAGAGGAGGAGGAGGAGGAGGUGACGAUGGGCCAGAUUUGAUGCCCUCCCCUCACCUCCUCCUGUCUGCAGGUGAGGGAGGACAAGGUGGUAUUCUGGGUGGAGGGAGAGGAGGAGUUUCGGUUUCUUCUCCACAUCUCUCUGUUCUGUCCCCACAGCACACCGGCGUCUCAGCCACAGGAAGUAGCAGCAGUAACGGCAGCAGUGCUGCUCUGGGCAACGCCAUGGGCACCACAGGGGUCGUCUCUCAGAGUUCAGGUCAGGGUCAGGGAUCAGGGAUAUUCGGUGGACUCGGACUGAGUCGAAGCGUGUGUGACGAGGACGUGUGUGAAGUCAGUGCCAAUGACAGUAGCGUGACUUAAGCCAAAAUUAUGUGUCAUGUCCAACGGCCACCUCAGCAAACAGUCACACUUCCUGCUCCUACUGCAGUUUUUACAAUAUAGCAAACUUGGAAGAAGCUCUUUGGAAACACUUUUAACUAAAUAACACUCAGCUUUUCAUGCAGGAAGUGCGUACUUUGUCAGAUCUGUCCGGUGGGGGGGGGGACAAGGCAAGGCUCCCGUUGGACACACAACCUGAAGAACCUCUACAUGUUUAUAGAAAAAUGGAAAUUUGAGAUUCCAGUCGACUGUUGUGCCGUGACGUUUCUGAAAUGGAACUUGUGGUCGUGCUGAUCCCAUCUUCAGUUCUCUACAGUCCUCGCGCCGCAAAGACGAGGAAACUUGCCUCCGAAAAGUGGCCUCAUUAAAAAUGGACCUUUUGUCUCAGUGAGUAAGCUAUUGUUUCAACUAUCCCAGAUGCUACUAAAGUUUAUUUUUUUUGUUUUUGUGGGAGAAUGCUGUGCGUGACAAGAGGAAACCAAAAAUGAAAAGACAGUGCUUCACUAACUGUUACCUUCUGUGGCAACAUUGUCGUAUCCGUAGAGUAGAAAAAUGGCUGUUCUAAAUUGCUGUGAUUUUCUGCAGUAUUGUAUUGUACUGUCAAAUGACUUUUAGAAAAACGCAAGAGAAAAACUCAACACAUAAUUCAUAAUUCAAGAAAAGAACAAGCAGAAGAUUCCAGAUUUGUGCUUUUUUUCCCUGAAAGCAGCUGAGGUGCAUCUUUUCCCACGUAGCUGCUUCGCUUGGACAAAAGGCACAAUUCGUUCAUCCUCAAAACCGCCAUCGAUCCCUGACAUGAGCGCAGGGAGGGACAUCUCUGAGUGGUUUUUCAAAUCUUAAUGUUUGGUUGUUGAAGUAGCAAAAGUUCAAGACCAAAUCAGUCCGGGGGCCUCAUUUAUAAAACAGACUUAUGAUAAAUUUAGGCAGCCAAUCACAUAUAAGUACUCAUUUACAAGACCUUCCUCCUCUGUGGACGUGAUCUUAUCAGUAAGCAAACUCUGGACUUGAUCUUCCUGCUGGUUAUGUAGUGGCGUAGCAUCCAGGCCUGAGGUGAACUUGGCCGUCUGGGCAGUGCUAUCAGAAUCAUCAGCUAAAGGUGUGAGAACUAAUUGUCAGGUUAUUUCUCUUUAAUGUCAGCCACAGUUCAGCCUCCAUUUACUGCAGCAGCAAAACACUUUGCUUGUCCACCCAACAAGUUAAUACGUGUUGCCCGCCUUCAGUCUCCUCCUCCAUCGCUGUGUGCCAGAAGUUUGGUUUCCCUCAAGGUUAUUCGUGACUCGUUUGAUUUGGCAUCAUGUCAGGGGAAAUCACAGGUGUCGUCACUUGAAGCUCAUUUGAGGUUUAUACGUCACAGGUGUGAAGGCUACAAAUGGGAUUCUGAGAACCUGCUGAAGCGAGGUUUUCUCCACUCUGCGUCUGUUUUGAACUGAAUGUGAGCACGCCGUCAGAAACGAUCUUAAGACUGAGUUCACAUGUGAACGUAAGCACAUUUUUAUACAUGAGGCCCCCGCUCUGCAUACACAUCAACACUACCUGACGAGCUCAGGUCUACUCAGCAGGAGGAGCCCGUGCUGCUUUCACUUUUGCUGCUGCUACCUUUCUCGGUGUUCACAGAGCUGUUCUUGUGCUUUGAGAAGUAUGUUAUCACUGUAAAUAUAUAAAAGUACAUGUCAUAUAUUCUUCAGAUCAGAAACAAAUACUAACUUGUAAUACUGAUGCAUUUGCUGCUGUCUGGUCAGCUUUGGAAGGAGUUUUAAACAGGAGUAGAGAAAAUGUUCUGCACUGAGUUCCUGCCCAACUCAUCCUAACCUGCAGUGUGUGUGUCUUUGAUGAUGUGCAGUUAAAAACUAGCGAUGGUGGACGGUGGUCCCGUCUGAGGGUUAGGGUUACAGAGUAUAGUGUGUUUACACAUGUACCUCCUCUGAACGGCUGACCAAGGAGGUUUUGGUCCCACAUGAAAAGAAAACCUGGUUUCUCUGUAGCUGCUUUUUUCUUUUAACAUCUUUUGUUCCUUUUUGAACACGUAACAGGUUUUAACUUACAGGUCCUGACGUCCUGAAAGUCUCAAAUGAGAGUUGAGAGAAAUUUUGUCUGUGUUUUGAGACUAGAAGUGAGCGGCGUUUCCCGGCUGCAGUUUCGGUCUUGGAUGUGAAUGUGUUAGUGGUUGGUGGGAUUGGAGUUAGAGGUUGAAAUUAAAUGAAUCCAAACUGUGUCCACUUUACUGCAGCUGUUACAUUUGGCCUUGUUAGUGAAGUAAAGUGUGAGGCGGAAAUACUUUGGUUUUCUUGGUAUUUUUCUCUGCAUUCACACCUUUGAAUGAUGUGCUAAGAAAAUUAGCUUUUCAACUUUUGGUUUUAUUAAUUUGCGAAGGGCACGAGUCAUUAUUUUAGACGUUUAAACCCUAACACGGGGGACGUUUUAACUCUGCCGAGUGCAGAUUCGGGAAAUGCAGAUCUUAUUAGUUACUUGUGGGAUGUCAGGACUUCAAAAUAAAACAAAAAUGAAAGUUGAACUUCGCAGGUAACCUCAUGUUCUCUCUGCUGUAGCUGCAGCUGAUGCUGCCGGCGUGUCAGUACUGUGUGACCACACUGAACACAGACGUGUACAACUACUGACCACACACACUCACAGGGUGUUUCCCAUCAGAGAGUCCACAGUGUGAAGACUUUAUGCCUUCGUUUUCUCCAUUCACAUGCUGAGUUGUUUAUGUUCACACAGGAAGUUGUGUUUGUGGGACGUUGCCAGAUCGGCUCAGGUGCCUUAUCAGCACGUUGGCUUACUCAUUCAACAGUAAAUCCUUCUUUUUGUAAUAACUUAAUCUUAGAUCAGAAACACAAUAGUGCAUCUGCGCCGUGGGGUUUAUUAGAAGUAGAGCUUUAGCCAUCAGUCGAUUUAGUGAUUUUCUGAUUGAAGGAAAAUUAGCUGCCAAAUAUCAUGAUCAUUUUUUUAAAGCAAAACUAUCCAACAUUAUGCAUUAAAUGUUAAGAUUUGCUGCUUAAUUUUGUAAUUUCUGAAAGUUAUGAGGUUUGGGGCUGUUGAUUGGACAAAAGGAGCAAUCUGAAGACGUCACGGUGGGCUCUAGGAAACUGCUGAGAAUGUUUUGCCAUUUUGUGACAUUUUAUGGACUAAACGAUUAAUCAUUAAACUAAUCAACAGAUUAAUCAAUAAUGAAAAUAUUUAGUAGAUGCAGUCCUAAUUAGGACUUUGUAUUGGGACACCUUCAAACAGGCCGACAGUUAAACUACCUUUACAUUUUAUCAGACUACGUGAGCAGAUAAUUCACUGGUGAAACUAAAAGCAAUCAGGAAGACAUUUUAAAUGUCGUCUUCUUCUUCGUCUUCUUCUUCGUCUUUUUAUUUCUAGUUUGAGGGGAGAAAACACUUUGUUCACCUUCACCUGGUUUGGUAUUUUAAGUUGUCUAAUCAUGUAAUGGAGGAGCUUGUAGCUCAUUAAGAAAUUCACAAGCUUAUUCACAUUUAGCAGGCUGCAGGGUCUCCACGAGGGGGCGCUGUUUACAAUGUGAGACCAGUUCUACAAUCAGCACUGCCACCUGCACCACAGGUAGAACAGGACAUUCAUAACAGCAGUUUAACUGUGAGGGUUUUGUUUCAAAUCACGGCACCAUUUUGCACUUUUAUACUUUUGACCAUAUUAUUAUUAUUGUUAACAAUGAGCUGUUAUUCAGAUCUAAAAGUAACCAUGCGGCCCAUUUUAAAGGAAAACCUUGAAAUUUAACAAUUCUGGAACAAGAAAUAAUUUGCUAUGAAACAAAAGUGUUAUUAUUUGUGAUAAAAUAAGUGUUUCUUUGGACAGUGUUUGCUGUCGGUGUUGCCCCUUGUGGCCACAGUUGGUACUGUUGUUAAGAGAUGAAGAUGAGGAGCUGCUUUGCUUCACUUCUAACGUAUCUAAACCAAAACAAACUGAAACAUAUUUCAGCGCGGUGCAGAUACAGCACAGGGUGGUGGAGGAGAUUUUUCACAUGACCUCGAAAACAUGUUUGCAUGCCUUCAGAGACGUUUUACGAUUCCGGUUACGGAGAGCGAAGAGAUGCAGGAUCUGAACGUUUUACCUUCCGUGAAGGCUGCAUUUGGAUAUUUUUUUAUGCGGGCUUAGAGCUCAGAUGGUGUGAAAGGACUGAUGGCUCUUGUGUGUUUCCUCUGUGACUCCGUAUCAGGUGUGUUUCCGGCCUCGCGCUCGUUCCUGUUUGUUUGCUGCAGAGGCGAAAUGUGAGUCUCGUGUUGUGAAUGAGUGAGGGUUCUGACGACAAGGUGAGCACAUGCACGCUUCCGUCGUCACAGUGACUGGGAAAGAUGAAGGUUUUUGAUUGGGGGUGAACCGUUCAGGAUUUAAGUGGAAGUCCAGCAAGUCUUUACGGCCCAACUUCGUGAUGUGCAAACACGCACUGCAAGAAUUUAUUGUUUGUGACGAUUAAAAGCCUUCAAAUAAUCAAUAAAUCCUCACCGCCCGGUCUGCUCAGUGUUAAUCUGAUGGAAAGCAGAUAAAGUCAAUAAAAUGAGAUUUAAAAAAGGGCUGUUGUGUUACACUGGAAGUCUUAGUGUGCAGUUUGUCUUCAUCUGCUGCUGCACCCUGAACAGUUGAACCUCUUCAGCCAGCACGUGAGCAGGAGCUGAAGGUGGAGGUGGAGCUGAAGGUGGAGCUGAAGGUGCAGGUGGAGGAGGGAUCAGUGGAGGGAGGUCCAGGCUGCUGCUGAAAACCGGACUGAGGUGGUUUUAUUAUUUUUGUACAUUCCACAAACCACAUCUUAACGCGUCCUCUGAUUGACCAGUUGAUUGUUGAACAGACGUUUUUAUGUAACUCCUUAGUGGUACUGAAGAUGUAAUAAACUACAGUGCAUCAAUAUCCACCUCUGCCCUGUAUGAAAAUAACGGAUUAAUAAAUUAUUUGGUGCAAA